CAGGCUCAGAGCAAAGGCCCAAAAUCAACCCAGCUGCAACUUGCUGUAGAUAAGGCUUAUUAUGUCUUCUUCGUGCGUACAGAUAUAUAUAUAUUUCAGAGAGAAAUUAUAUUGAAAAUAUAAAGACAAUAAUCAAGAGCCACUGGUUUCUUUUUUUUUUUUUUUUUUUUUUUUUGGGAGGGGUUGAAAGAAGAAGAAGAGAGCGGAGAUGGAUGGAGUGAUGCAAAUAGGAAUUCCCAUAUUAGGAAUUGCAGCAGCUGCAGUUAUUACUUUCUAUGCUGUUAGCUUUGCUGAGAUCAGAGAGAAAUCUUUUAGGGAUUUAGAAGAAGCAGAAAAUGGAGGAGGGUUCAAGUCAUCUCUGAGUUCCAGGGAAAGAAGAGCUAAGAGAAAAGCUGAUAAACAGGCCAGAAGUUGAAUUUAAAGCAAUUCCCAUUUUUCUUUCUUAUGAUUUACCUUCUUAGUUAUGUAACAUGAAGAACACAAAGGCAGAUUUCACUUUAGAGAUGGAUGCACUUACAUUACAA